ACAACUCAAAUUUUUAAAGCGAUGUCGGUGGCCAAGAAGCACGUGUUGGGAUUCUCAUCGAAUGGUGGGAAACUGUUUGCUGUUAUUGAUGAACAGGGAGUAUUACGAAUAUGGGACACCGAGACGAAUGCGCUGAAGCAAGAAUUCACGCCGGGCAUACUGGUAUCCGGCCCCUGUACGGCGCUCACGUGGGUUACGUUGGGCGCGGAGCGUCCAAAGAAGUCGCGUAAAUCUCAACAGACUCAACAGAUUUCCACAGCCUCCGAGAAACUUUAUAUAGCCUUGGGAACACAAAAGGGCAAGGUCGUCCUCUACUCAUUAGCAACAGGAAGUAUUGAACGUACACUGAGUGGUGAUGGCCACAAUGGAGCCGUCACAUCAAUCACCUAUGACAACGACGGACAUCUGUAUACUGUGGGCGCAGACAGUCGAGCACUGGCUUGGUCCCUGGCGGAGGAGCGCUGCACUGGCGAGUGGUCAGUUGGUCCAGAGAAGCCCUUGAAUAUUGCCUACUUGCCGAAGAGCCGCACACUGGCGGUUGCCUCGAGACAAAUAAAGAUCUAUGAUGUUGACACCAAAGAGCUGGUGGAAACAUGCACUGGACACUCGGGUGAAGUCAAUGCCAUUGGCAGCUUUACAUGCAGCAACAAUGUGGAAUACGUCAUUACCACGGCUAAGAUGGAGCGCAUCAUCUCCUUCUGGAAGAUGAACAAAAAGGGCAGAAACAAGGCAUCAACCUGCACACUUUUGAUGGAGGAUGUGGCCCACAGUUUGGCGUGUGAGGUGCGCGAGGACGGAGAUUUGCGUGUGGCCAGUGUGACCCGUAAUGGCAAUAUUCACAUCUACCUACUGAAUGUGGAUAGUUUGUCUUCUGAGAAAUAUAUUAAGCCAAAGGUUUCGCUGCAAAUCGCUUCGGAUGGCGCUGAUACCGUUGAACCCAUCUAUGCACUGGCUGCCCACUUUGUCCACGAUGCACAGCGGCCUCAUGAAAUACUCUUUGGCUAUGGCACCCGUAGUUUGUUGCAGUUUGAAAGAUACUCGCCAAAUUAUGGCGAAAAACUUAAUGUAAUCGUGCGCACCGAUCCCAAAAAGUUGUACACUAAGAAACAGCGUGCCGAUCAGAGCGGAUCCGCAGAGGCACUUAAGAUGAAAACCCCAGUUGUGAGGAAAAAGGAAGUGGAGUACAACAGUGCGUUGCCCAUUUCCAAAAAGAAAAUACAAAACGAUGUGCCCAUGGAAGCCCGCCUAGAGAACUUAUCCAUCCAGGCCACCAAGCUGACCGAUGGCAAGCUGCAAAGCCAAAGUAAGACUCAGCUCUUGAUGCAGGCGUUGCACAGCCAGGAUAAAACUAUGCUGAAAGCCGUUUUGGGAACCAAUGAUAAGAAAACCAUACAGAUAACUCUGGAACGACUACCACUGGAGUAUGUUAAUCCUUUGGUUACCGAACUGUCGGUGCUAUUGCAAGGAAAGGCAGCCAAUGUUCUUUGUGCAUUGAGCUGGCUGCAAAUCUUGACUACAACACGCACGAGUGUCCUGAUGUCCGAUGAUAAGAAUGAUCUUCGCAACAAGCUGGGAAUCUGUCUUGGCAUUGCAGAACAACGAAUGCUUUGCAUCACAGAGGCGCUGCAAGUCUCUGGUCGGGUUAAAUUAAUUAUAAAUCAUAUGAAACGCAAUUCGAGCAACCAUUUGAACGACAAAAAUGUUUUAGUCGUUGAGGAGGAUCCAGAUGAUGUUAACACCGACCAGGUUGCCGAAAACGAUUGGAGCGAUCUGGAGGGGGAAAAUAUAAAUACAAAUCUGGUUUUGGAUGAUGAUGAAAUGGAGGCCGACGACGAUGUGGCAGCCGAUGAGGAGGAUCUUGUUAUGACACAAGAAUCAUCGGAAGAUGAAGAUGAUAAUGAUGAUGAUGAUGAAGAUGAAGAUGCGUCGGACACAGAUGCUUCCGCUGGUUAAUGUAAGCAGAAUCAUGUGCAAAUAGUUAUCUAAGUGAGGCAAAUUAAAGAGAGAGAGAGAGAGAUUCCGCUCCUGUGUCCAUUAAUAGAAAAGAGAAA